AUGGUCAAAACGUGCCGAGAUGCUGGUGAGCAUGUAUGCGCCUCCCCUGGAUUGAAGCCCCCGGAACUUCCGGGUUCGGUAACUGAUUCCUCCGGAAAACUCCAAUAUAUCCCUUUCCCAACGUGCAACGAAACCUCCGAGCCGCUCUCUUUCCGCUACGGCAUCUCCGAAACCGUCACCUGCACCAUCGACUCCCUCUCCGACACCCUUUACCACCUCUUCGAAUACUACGUCCACUCCGACGCCCCGCUAACAUGCCGCAUACCCACCGUCCCGCUCCUCCAGCCCUCGAAACAUUUCGACCCAACGGCUACGGGCGAAGGUAGCCAUGAGGCAUUCCUGGAGGGCGGCGCGCCAGCACCGUUUACGCCGUUGACGAUUGCGCUACAGGGGACGUUGCAGAAGAGUCAUUUGCACAUCUGGUCCGAUAUGAAUGUGUUGAUGCACCGGUCGGUGGAUGGGCACAAGAAGAAAGCGCGCAAGGGGAAGCGGGCGUCGGGUCAGAUUGUGGCGGGAACGGCGUAUUCGAAUCCGUCGAUAGGCGGGGCUAGUAGGAAGGAAGAUAGGAAGAGCGUGAAGGCAAAGAAGGAGAUUGUGGGUGUGCCUGUGCCGUGGGACCCGUGGAAAGCGGGAGAAGGGGUGAAAGUACUCCGCGGUGAACCUUUGACGUUCAAGUUCCAUGUUGGCUGGGUUCAAGAGAGUGAUAUUUCUGGGUUGGUUUUGUUACAGGAUUCCGACAUGACUCUGUCCGGAGUUUUGUACAAUUGCCUGAUGUUCGUGAUGGCCGGGUGUUUGGGCGGGAUCCUUGCGCUGGGGUGGGAGCGCUAUAAACGGAACAGAGGCAGUUUAUGGAACGGGGAUGGGCUUCUGGGUCAUUCUACAGGCGGCCAUGGUGGACUCUUCGGCCGAAAAAGCCGUGGUGUGUCUAUAAACCUGGCUCCAGGAGGGACGACGAAUGGAUAUGGGGGUUACGGAUUCAAUGGGAAGAAUGGGACAUGA